CUCGGAGAUAGCAUGGAUUGUUACUGCAUCAAGCAAUAUCUUCAUUACACAACUGUUACUUCGUGUAAAUCACUCUACAACUCACUAGUCACACUAUCAGUCAGUCUUCAAAAUGGAGCGAAGCACAAUUCAAGCCAAGGCAAAGCCCCUCCCUCCAGGAGUCUACACCCCCGUCGUCACACUCUACAAAGCAGACGACCCAACCCAACAAGUAGACCAUGAGGCCAUGCACACCCAAUGUAAAGCAUUAAUCAAGGCCGGUAUGCAUGGUCUCGUCUACCUCGGCACUAAUGGCGAACUAGUUCUUCUUUCACGAGAAGAGCGUAAAGCCAUCAUCAAGACAGCCGUGCAGGCCGCUUCUGCAGCUGGUGGACCUGACUACCCCAUUGUGGCAGGCAUCUCAGCACAGUCCACGCAAGAGUCGAUCCAGAACGCCAAAGAUGCAGCUGAGGCUGGUGCUGGCUUUGGGUUGCUUCUGCCGCCGAAUUACUGGCCCAAAGCACUACCCAGCCAAGCUAUCGUGUCUUACUUCAGAGAAGUGGCGGCGGCAUCACCGAUACCUAUUGUCAUUUACAACUUUCCCGCUGUUACAUCCGGCAUUGAUCUUGAUUCUGAUCAACUAGCUACUUUGGCUUCUGAACCGAACAUUGUAGCGGUGAAGCUGACCUGCGGAAACGUGGGAAAGCUCGCUAGAUUAACAGCGCUCUUCUCCCACGAGCAAUUCGGUGUUUACGGCGGAAGCAGUGAUUAUCUCCUCCCCACCCUCCACAGCGGCGGAAGCGGUUGUGUUACAGGGAUGGGUAACAUUUUCCCCUCCAGUACAGCAGGUGUUUACGACUUAUGGAAGGCCGGAAAGAUCGAUGAGGCCAAUAAGCUUCAAGGCCUUGUAGCUCAUGCUGAGUGGGCUUGUAAGAAGGGCAUUAGCAACACCAAGUAUGGAGCGUGGCAUUUCCUUGGAAGGGAGAUUGGGCUGGAUAAUGAGAGUUCGUGGCACAUGAGGAAGCCUUAUCAGCCGCUUGAUGAUAAGGCGAAGGAGUGGACUGUUAAGACGCUGGGUGUCCUUGCUGAUACUGAGAAGCAAUUGAGGAAGCAAUAGUCUGUAAAUAGUUUCUGUUAUUAAUUUGACAGUUAAAAUAAAAUGCCCGUUUUCUCA